AUGGUCUGGACAACCCCAUACACGCCAAACCCACCCACCAACAAACAGAACACUGUAAAGUCCGCCUUCCCACCAGCCGGCGAACUCUCAGCACCCCCCGUCCCCACCCCAUACAGCUACUUGGCCUGCAAACAAAAGAAUAGGGAUAUCCUCCAAAACAGAUGGUCUCCAACAUAUGAUGUAGCCGCCAUUCUUACCUCUAUACAGUCAUUGUUGGACGAGCCCAAUCCAAACUCCCCAGCAAACAGUCUGGCAGCACAGUUGUACCAGGAAAAUCGUCGAGAAUAUGAGAAACGUGUAGCUGCUAUUGUUGAGCAGAGUUGGCUCAAUUUCCAGGAUGAGGAUGAUGGUGAAGAAAUGAAAAAGGAUACGUAGGGCAUGCAGGACAUGGCCGUAGGGCUUGGCCGCUAGCCUUGCAGCGAGGCUAGGGACCAUUAGUUGUCACACAUCCUGCUCUACACCACACCUGCCUGCCCUUAUUAUACCUACACUUACCCUGCUCGUGUCACAAUCUGAUGAGCUAGCUCAUUAAGCAAGUUUAGAUGUGGUUUCAUGGUAUAUGAAGAUAAAAUGGAAAUGCUGCAAAAACCAAAGAUAAUUGGUGUUUCAACCUUGCAGAUAAUUGUGAAAUAACUUGUCAAAUAAAAUAGGUGAAAAAUGGUUAAUUCAGAAUCUAUCCUAUUAAUUUUUGUAGUUAGCUCAAUGUAAGCAGCUGUUAUGUGCACCAAUCUUUUCUGCACUGGAUGGAGCAGUCAGGUGUAGUGUGCUGUAGAGGUGCUGGCAAGCAAUCAAGAGCCUGGAAGCUCCUGCAAAUGUGGCCAAGCAGCGUUUUGGCUGCCCGUAUUCAGGCUUGGCUUUACUAUCUGGCUACUUUCAGUGCCGCAGCCAUUAUAGUUUAAUACAUAUUACUUUUGUGUUUCUGCCUUUGCAAAUUCUGUGAGCCUUAUUACUAUUAUCAUUCAAGUUGCAUAAAAUGUUUGUUGUUUCUGGUAAGAACCUUUCAAAGUGAUAGAUGUGUGUUGUGGUGUGUCUCACCCCCUUCCCUCCUCCCCAUCUUGUGCAUAUCUGGAUAGCUGUCUUACUCUUCAAUUCAUGGCUUCAGCUUCAGUGCAAAUACCUAAUAUGAAAUUUCCCAGACUUACACAAAAUCCCAAACUUCUGAAUGUACUGUAUUUUGUUUCAGCAAAUUUGUGUGCUAGUGUUUACUUUUAAACAACUCCUACAAGUAUUUUUUGGCUUAGAUAAAUUAUGUAAGAGUUUUGUGUAUACUGUAGUGUGAUUUCAAGUGUGUAUGCUAUCAAGAUAUGAAACAGGAGACUCCUGGGUCAGUAUAUACCUAUACGUCCUGCGCAUGCAAAAAAUGGGCACACAGUGAGAGAUGAGUAGGAUUGUGUGUAAAGUGCGUGUGAGCUGAAAAGCUUGAGUAUGUCAUAUAAUGAUGAUAGAGCAAACACUCCUCACUUUAUAAGAACCUCCUUAUAUUUGUGGAAAGGUAGACUUUGUAUAUCUUUAAUAUUUGAUAACAGUUUUGCCUUCUGAAUCUUUCAUUUGAGUUAUUUGGUGCUUUUUUCCUUUUGUAGUAAAGUCAUCUUUAUUUUUUAUUUUCUGUCACCAUAAAAGCCAGUGUUGUAGAGCACACCAUUUGUGUGUAGUGGCAAGGCCAGGAUUCUGCAUUUUUUGGAGGUAAAAAAUGUUGAAGUGCUUCUCUGCAGCAGCAAGUGUAACAUGCAUCACUUAGGAAGACAGGCAUUGUUAUUGCCAAAGAAGCUGGAGGAAAACAGUGCUUUCAUAUUUGUUCGCCCUCAUGAAAUGUCUAAGAAUUCGUCCUCUACUGAACUCGUACAGUGAAUAGACACACCUGUCCCCGCUGUUCCUUGAACAUGUAUGUAACCAAAGGGGAACACUAAAGGGACUGUAGAAAACAUUCGCAAAUUAUUCUUUUUCCUCCCUUCAGCAUAUACAUAUAAAGCUACUGUCAAAGUAUAACCUUUACCCAGUGUGCAUAUUAUGUGAAAAUACUGUAUCCAUAAAAAAAACAAAAAAAUGAGUAUAUUAGGUCCUAGGGCUAAUGCUGAGCCUGAGCCUACCUGGAACCAUAAAAGUGAUUUUCAGGAGUUUAAUGUCAACUCAAUUAAAGUGACUCCAGGAUAAUCAAUACUGCUAAUGCAACAGCCACAAUUACAUUAUUGCAUCUGUGGAAGCACAGCCUUAUUGACCAAAGCUCAACUUUUUUCUUUCUUUUUUUAACUCCUUUUUCUGAUAGAUGACAACUGCUUUCUUCAAUUUUGAUUUGCAUCUUCAUCCAAGUCUAGCUAAUGUUUUCUGGCAUUAAGAAUUGUAGAUGUAAAGUUUAAGCUUUCCUUUUGUUUUACCUCUGGAGUUGUACAGAAUUAACUCAUUUUAUUCUUAAUCAAGAAUUAUCUAGUACAGAUACAUUUCAUUUGAUUGUCUCACAUUAAACUAUUGUAUUUCUACAUACAAGAUUCUUUGUAAGUAUUUAGAGCAGUGCCCAGUAUAUAGUUUCGAAUAUAGGAGAGCUUUUAAUUGAAAAUGGCACAAAUUGCCCAUCAGUCAGGAAAAAUCUGAACUUAAUGAAAACGGAUUCUCUCCUAUAUGAAUUGAGAGAAAAAGGAAAUGUUUGUUGGUCUCAAUAUCAAUAAAUCUGUAACAUGUAACUAGAAACAACUCAUCCUCGGUUAGUUUUAUCUUCAGAUAUGUAGGAAAACUGAUCUUUUCAUUUAUAGGACAAAAGAUUUCCUAAGUGAAAUAUAACAUUGUGCUUUGUGUAUAUAAUGUUAUCAAUAAAUUUCAAUCAUA